UCUGACUCUGAAUUGUCCCUGCAGUGUUAGUGAACAGUCGCCACGCGCCCGUUCCCGUAGACAACAUCAUGCAGCGGAACAACCUCCGGGACAACCCGAGACCGCAGAAGGAACCUCGUCUGGUCUCCCAACCAGCGUCCUCCGUCCAAAACACCGCCAACGUAAACCGGAACAACGUCAACGGAGCCUCCACGACCAACAAGUUCCACGAUGACGUCAGGCAAGCGUCACCGCGUCACGUGAUCUCCGAGCCGAGUCAGCCCUUCCUGUUGUCGCAGACGUCACAUCCGCCCCUUGUCUCACAGGAGACGCCGUCCACGUUGCUAAACACAGUGAAUAGUGACUCCGCCGUUAACAACUUGGCUAGUUACAACUUGAAACAGUCUAGGACCAGCCCAACACACCACAACAAUACGAACUCCAGGAAUGGCACCUCGGGCCAAUCCAACGCGCCCCAGCCGCAGCGCCUGUUGUACGAGACUACAGGAGACACGACCUCCGCGCCCCAGCCACAGAGUCUGCUGUACGAGACCACGGGAGAGGAGAGCGAUCCGAAUGUGCCGGGGCCCAUGGCGCCUGCCGCUAGCCUCCCCUCGCACCAAGUCUUGGAGCGGUCCACUAACAUAGACAUGUCAACAGAGCGACGGCGGCGUCCCGCCAGACGGAAACCCCGAAGUCAAAUCCCUCGGAUCUCGGAACUUGCAGGGCCGCUGGAAGACCCCUCCCCGGAGCCGGCGGCACCCCCGCCCUCAGAGGACCCCGAGGUCGGCCCGCUACUCAAGCGGUCCUCCUCCAACUCUAUCUACAGUCUUACGACAGUAAACCUGGGGUUCGAAGCCGAGGAGAGACGGCCCGGGAGCUCCAGUAGCGAGAGCGUCGGGCCGCGGUCGUUCCUAGCGACGGACUCUGAGAGCGGGAUCGCCAUCCGCACGCACGUGUACCCGCGGAUGGACUCGGACCAGUCCCUGCAGAGUAACGGGAGCGGCGGUGGGGGAGGGGGGCGCAGACACGUCAGUAAGAAGCACACGCGCGUCGCCCCCGUGUCGACAACAACUCCCUACAACACACGGACUCCUACACUCGGCACAGGGCCGCUCAAACCACGCCCGACAACGCCGGACAGUUCCCGCCCCUCCAGCAGUUCCUCCAACAGCUCGCCCGCGCCCCAGCUGCGCCGCCUGGCGGUCGCCGCGCGCCUGCUGCACUCCAACCGCAUGGACACGUCGGAAUCAUGACGUAACCUAUCCUGAGUCGUCGGAAAAUUGACGUCACAAACGCAAUAGUCUCUACCAGAAGCGUGACGUCACAGAAAUAUAGCGGACGUCACAAUGAAAUCACGUCAUAAAGUUCUGGUUGUCACAAAAUUGAAGUAGGCUCCACCUUAAGUUUAAAGUCACAUACCCGCUGUCACAAGUGUGACAUAAAACUUGUGUCGUCAGAAAGUGACGUCAUGAUUAAUAGUAGUAUCCACCAGAACCACGACGCCACUGAAUUGAAUCGUCGGAAAGUUGACCUUAAAAAGUCACAGACGUCUGCAACAGAAUUAAGACAUCACAAUUUUGCUAAAAGUUUUAGAAUUCGUAACUUUAUGGAAGGCUAAUUUUAACCAAUUAGAGUAUAGCCCGUCUUAGACACUGCAAUAGAUCUAUUUAUAUCACAUUUAUGCUGCUUUUAUAUUCUGUGCUGGUCCAAACGUGCUUUGUAUAUUUGACAAGAUUAACGUAAUAUUGCACAGCCUUCCACAUAUUUGGUUAAAUGAAGUUGAUAAUGCUAGAUUGCACAGUCAUACACACGCACUGAAUACCCAGUGUAAGAUUCAAAAUGACUGAAAAUGUAACUUUUAGUGCGAAAUAGACAG